CGCUGUAAUGUUCGGUUAUAAAAACGGUCAAGAAAUCAUAGGAAAUUUUUAGAAUUAAAGCAAAUUUUUCAUUUAAAGUGAAAAAGCAAACAAAAAAAAAAAACACACACACACAGGGAAACCUCAAAGCAUAACCGAAAAAAUCGGCGGAAGUGUAUAAGAGUGCAAAUAAGAAGUUUAAACGCAAAGAAAAUAAAUACAAAAUUGUGGUGCUUUAAUUGGAGCAAAGCAAACAAAAAAAGAAGAGUUUCUAAAGGAAAAGAAAAAUAAAGGUGAAAAAUUAUAAAAAAAAUCCUAAGAGCAUAGAAAAAUCGAAAAUUUAUAUCAGAAAAUCAAGUUACACAAAAAGUAAUAGGAAAAAUAAUUUUAAAGGUGUUGUAUAAAGAGAAUUUCGCCUAACGAAAAAGGAAAACAACAAAAAUUAAGGAAAUUCCUAGAUGGUAAAAAGCUGGUAUGCUCGAAAUUGUUGUUUUGUGAAAAGCGUAAGAAGAAGACUUAGAAGAUAAGAACGAAAACGGAGAACUCCACCAAACUCCACUAUCCUCAACAUACGAUGUGGAUGAUUGUCCUUCCUUACAGCGAAUAAGUGAGUGAGUGAAUGAUUUCAGUUCGCCAAGGUUAUCAACGGUAGCGAUGAAAACGUAAAACCUCUUAAAAUUUUCAUUUGAAGCACGGAGAAAGAGGAAUGGAUUCGGCCUUAAUGCUUAUAAGCUGAAAAUAAUCACCAAGAGUUAUCACAUUAAGUGGAAGACAAAAAGAUUUUUAUGUAUAGCUGGCAACUGUGAAACGAUUCGCAGCACUUAACGAAAAUAAAAAAGAGGAAAUCGAAAGUGAGAACAAUUGACAAGUAGAAAGAGAGGCAGCCAAGCCAUUGAAGAGUUGUUAUUCUUAAGUGGCAUAAAGUCGUCACGGAAAUAGUUUUAAUCAAGAGCACGGUUCGGGAAAGGAGUACAAAGCAGUAGAGUAGAAAGAGAGAGGAGAGAGAGAGAGCGAGUGUGUGAAAGUGAAAUGCUGUGAUUGUUAGAAGUAUCCCUUUUGUACACAAAAAAAUGAUUAAUUGAAAAUAGACGACUUUCUCAGAUAGAGAAGGGAGAGAAAGAGAAAGAUUCAUCAAUCAUAGCAACAUAAAAAGAGUAAACGAUAUUCAUCCACUUACCUACCACUCAAGUUCAGACUUCCCCGAGAUAAAGUGCAAGAUCCAAGACUCACCUCAUUAUUACAGCGGUGUGGCAUUGGGGGCAACUGCUGCUUAUGACAGCUUCUUCACAGAUUUAGCUGGGAGUAGUUUAUUUUUAUCAUCAUCUCAACUUGCUGUGGUGUGUUUGCCAUAAAUACAACUCUUAUGAGAUUAUCAAGGCAUAGCUGGUCUUAACACGUUCGUGUUUCUUUAAAUUUUGGGUUUGUUUUGGUGGAUUUUUGUUUUUUGAAUUAUCCAAAUACAUAUUUGAGGCGGUUGUGCUGCGUAAGCAUUAAAACAGCUACAAAGUGAAUUUAUUUCAGCAUACCAUGUCCUCAAUAUCGGCGCAAGGCGUGGUCGAACGUGCCUCCGCUGAACUAUCCAAGCGUAUAAAUGGCCUCGGCUUGCGUUCGAAACACCAUCAUGGCAGCAGCAGCAGCAACAACAGUAGUAGUGGUGGUGGCAGCAACAACAGCAGUUCCACCCCUGCCAACAGUGGCUCAAAUAGCAACCAAAACAAUACAAGCGGAGGCCCCAAUACCACUUCCUCCAAUAGUAACUCCUCGACAAACUCUUCAAACUCGUCGUCCGCCUCCUCGUCCGUGUCCUCUUCGUCGUCGUCGUCCUCGUCCUCAGCGUCCUCGGGAACGGGUAAAACUUCGGUAAUGGAACGUGUCACCAAUGCCCUAUGCGGUGGCAAUUCUAACUCGAAUGCCAACGCCAAUGCAAAUUCCAACCAAACCCAAAAUAAUUCCAAUCUAACAGCCACCACUAACAGUACAACCGGACAGACCACACCCGACAAACCCACACGUGCGGGUACCCUGAAUGCGGGGGCACAGCAACAACAGCAACAGUCCGCACAGUUACACUCUCCCCAGACGCUGGUGCAGCACCACACAACGACAGUGACCAGCUAUCAGCUGCUGCAGCAACAGAAAUCGCAACAGCAGCUGCAACAACAUCAACAGUAUUUAAGUUCACAGAUAGCGAAUUCGACGCUGAUCAAUUCGAAUCUGAUGAAUACCACCCCACCCACGGUGCCGAACAUUCCAAUGGGUGCCCCACCCACACCCACGGUGAAUUCCAUAGCCAAGCAAAUGAAUAUCACCAUACCUGGAUCUCCACAAUUCACCACCAUGGGCAUGGCGGCAGCUCAAAAGUCACAAAGUGUUACCCCCUUGCAGAUGCGCAAACAGUUACCCAAUCCCCAUAUGCAUCAUCCGUAUGCAGGAGCCUCGCAGGCGGCCACCCAGCUGGCCCAGGCCGUCACCCAGUCGGCAUUGAUAUUGCCCAAAUUACCGCCGCCAGUGACCAGCAUUGAGAGUCUAAUGAUGGAUGAGAGAUUUUUGAAUAAAUUCUUUUUGUAUUUCACCUCCUACGAGCGCCGGGUUUUGGCCCAGGUGUGCAUGAAAUGGCGUGAUGUCCUCUAUCGCAGUCCCCGCUUUUGGUCUGGGCUUUUGCCCACACUACAGUGUCGAGAGCUAAGGCAAAUCAAUGCCACCGAUCGUGUGAAACUUUUCAAUUCGCUGAUACGAAGGGGUUUUCAUGCUUUGGCUUUGGUGGGUGCCAACGAUGAUGACGCCUACGAUGUGGUGCAUUCGUUUACACUGGCAUCGAAACACAUACAUUCGUUGUCGCUAAGAUGUUCCUCAAUAUCGGAUCGAGGCUUGGAGGCGUUACUGGAUCAUUUGCAGAGCCUAUUUGAAUUGGAGUUGGCUGGUUGUAAUGAGGUCACUGAAGCUGGCCUCUGGGCAUGUCUGACACCGCGCAUUGUUUCAUUAUCCUUGGCCGACUGUAUAAAUAUUGCCGAUGAGGCAGUGGGUGCUGUGGCCCAGCUAUUGCCAUCCUUAUAUGAAUUUUCACUGCAAGCUUAUCACGUCACCGAUGCAGCUUUGGGCUAUUUUUCACCAAAACAAAGUCAUAGUUUAAGUAUAUUACGCUUACAAUCGUGCUGGGAACUAACCAAUCAUGGUAUCGUUAAUAUCGUCCAUUCAUUGCCCCAUUUGACAGUUUUAAGUUUAUCUGGCUGCAGUAAAUUAACAGACGAUGGCGUUGAAUUGAUAGCUGAAAAUUUACAAAAAUUGCGAGCAUUAGAUCUGUCGUGGUGUCCCCGCAUAACGGAUGCCUCCUUGGAAUACAUAGCCUGUGAUCUUAAUCAAUUGGAAGAAUUGACAUUAGACAGAUGCGUUCACAUCACUGAUAUCGGUGUGGGUUACAUCUCUACCAUGCUCUCGCUGACUGCGCUAUUCCUACGCUGGUGUUCGCAGGUGCGAGAUUUUGGCCUACAACAUCUAUGCUCAAUGCGUAACCUGCAAGUACUCUCAUUGGCCGGUUGUCCUUUGCUCACGUCAUCGGGUCUCUCGAGUCUCAUACAGCUGAGGCAUUUGCAAGAAUUGGAACUUACCAAUUGUCCGGGUGCAUCACAGGAGCUCUUUGAAUAUUUAAAAGAUCAUUUGCCACGAUGUCUGAUAAUUGAAUAAUUGUCUUGACAUCUAAUUGAGGAGAAUACAAUUAAGUUGUCUAUUUUUUGCUUUCAUUUUCAUUAUUCAAAAUUCAAUUUUUAUUAUUAUGAAUGUACUACUAUAUUUUUUAUUGAACAUACAUAUAACCAUUAUUUAGUUCCUUUAGAAUGCAAGCAUAAUUAUCUGUUUUGAACUUAAAACAAAUUCUUAACUAUUUAUAUAUAUAAAUGUAUGUAUGGGUAUAUUUCUUUCUGUGAUUUUAGUUUCUAAGUUUGUUUUUUCUUGUUUUUUGUUUUUACCAUUUUUAUUUAAAUUUUUUUUUUCAUAUAAAUGUUAACAUUAACCAUAUGGAAACACAAGGUCGGUCUUUGCAAGAGAUUUUCCCAAGAGCGUACUUUUGUCUAAAGCAAUUAGGUUUUUAUGCAACACUACUCCAAACGUUUAUUACCAGCUCUUUGCUUGCCAAAAACAUACAAUAACAAAAAAUCCUCCAACACAAUAUCACUCCGUCAGCUUAAAAUGUUAGAAAAUUUGAACUUUGGAUGACAUUUUCUAAGCGCUCUUCGAACAAACUCUCUUGUUGAUGUUGUUUGUAUGCCACUUGAAGUAAUCCUUGUGUUUCUAUUCUAGAUUUACAUAUAAUAUUUGUUUGUAAUUGUUCGUAACGUUAACCAAAAAAGACACUGUACAAAAUUUACCUAUUUCAAAAAAAAACUAAAAAAUAAAAUAAAUACCUAAAACUAAUCUAUAGAA